AUGUUACCUCGCAAGUCGGGUAAGUACAACAUUAUGCAAUAUGUCAUAAUACAAUUUAUCCCAUUAAUCAUUUCCUGACAUAUUUACAAAUUAUUUUUCAGAAGCGCAUAGGGCGCUGGAGCUUCUGGAGGAAUAUCACGCUGAGUUGACCAAAACCACAGAUCAAGAGCUGAAGAAGUACAUUGAGAAGAUCAUAUCUCACUUCAAAAACAACCUAUUCAGAGCACUAUGUGGUAAGCAAAGAGAAACCUCGUAAACAUUAGUAACACAAGGUAAUCAAGACAAUUUUAAACAAUUUCCAGAUAUACAAGAGCUUUAUGAUAACACUUUGAUGAACGAGAGAGUUGGAGUUCUUCAGAAAGUCAGUGAAACCAGACGAUUUGCAGAACGGUGGGAGAACAAUCCACCGUUCGGAGGUAUUGCCAAGACAAGUGUAAGUGCAAUUACAAGUAAUUAUUAUACAAUCCGUUAAAGAGCCGCCCUAUCUUGUGCACAGCUACUUUGAAUCCAUCGAACGGAGUGGAGACUACUACCAGAUCGUACUCAUACGAAGAAAAGACGAAAGAAAUUGUAAGUGACAAUUAAAAUGCCUGAACUAUCAUUUAAAAUAUUUUAUGCUUUUAAUAACUAAACGAAAUUUCAAUGUUUGUAAUUUGAAUAAGCGACUUUGUUUAGAAGGACGGAAAUGUCUUUACACAUCAAUACGCGUCCAAAACACUCGAAGACCCAACUGGAAUAACCACACAGACUACGAGUGCAAACACAUUGACUGACGAGAACGGAAUUGAAUGGGAGAUCGAAGAUAUAGUGCUCGAGAAGAACCUAACUGGACUAGGCUUCUCCAUAAGUGGCGGAGUGGACAAGUCUCCUUCACCUGACCACCACAUUCGGGUCACAAACAUUGCCUCAGGGGGUGCAGUAGAAAAAGAUGGUCGAAUCCGUGUCAAUGAUGUGAUCCUGAAAGUAAACAAUGUAAAUUGUGAAAACGUGAUCCACCAAGUUGCGGUCGCAGCUCUGAAUAGUCCAGGAAGCAUUGUUAGACUUGUAAGUUAUUAAUGUAGCCUAACUUUGUACAGUAUUAAAGUACCGCUAAUAAAACGAUAUUACAGUUGGUAAAAAGAAUUAAAAAUCCUGGUCUUUACCCUCCUCGACCGCCAAUCCAUCAAGGCUCUGGAAUAUUAUCCUCGAGUACCUUACCUCGCAGCUCCGGAUCAUCUCUUCCUUAUUCUUCUGGAUUGGCUUACACACCGCCUGACAUAUUACGACUUGAAAGGACUCCAGGUGUGAGAAAGGUCGAGUUAUUCAAAGUAAGCACUCAUUUAUUUACAUUUGUCUUUUGUAAGCGAGCGUUUACUGGUCUCACAAUUAAUGUCAUUCAUACUUUUUUUCACAUUUUUUUUCAUUUUCAGGACUUUGGUGCUGACGGAAUUCCGAGAGGCAUCGGUGUUAGCAUCGCUGGAGGAAUUGGCAACGAGCACUACCAAGGAGAUUCCAGUAUCUACAUUACCAACAUCAUCGAAAACACUCCGGCUGCUCGCGAUGGUCAGCUUCAGCGUGGUGAUAAGCUUCUAGCUGUUGAUAACACCGUGUUACAAGACGUCACACAUCAAUUUGCAGUUGACACAAUGAAAGCUACCGGCAACAAAGUCACUUUAUACUAUGCCAGACCAAACUUGGACUUGGAAGACAGCGUUUCACGAUCCAUUGGAUCCAUAUCACACCUCAACAUCAACCAACCACAAGAAUUGACAACUGAUCCUCGAUGGGUUAUAUUGAAGAAAGGAGAAAGUGGCCUAGGGUUCAACAUUGUAGGUGGAGAAGAUGGAGUCCCACUAUACGUAUCCCAUGUCAUCCCAGGGGGUGUAGCCGACAUCAGCAACAAUGUCAGAAAAGGAGACGUCUUGCUUCAAGUUAAUGACACCAUCUUGGCAAAUGCUACCCACGCCGCUGGUGCAGCUGCCCUUAAGAGUUGUCAGCCAAACUCAACAGUCAAACUACUUCUACAGUACCAGCCAUUACAAUAUCAACAGUUCGAAGAGAAGGUCGAGCGACUAAGAAGCGAUCUUAUCCUUCAAAACCAACUUCAAGCAGCCAGCGCUGCGACUGUCGGUGUACCAAUACAACCAGUUGCCAACUACUAUGACGAACCUUUGUAUGUCCGUGCUUUGUUUGAUAACGACCCAAGUCGUGAUCCUGGCGUGCCACCAAGAGCGUUGCCAUUCAGUUAUGGAGACAUAUUGAGGGUCUACAACAAAGACGACGAUGACUGGUGGAAAGCCAGAAAAAUCAGCGAAAACGGGGAAGGCCCAGAAGGUGUGAUUCCCAGCAAAAAGAGAGUGGAGAAACGAGAGAAGCAGAGAAGAAAACAAGUAAGUCCCACUUCCUUAAAUUUUAAAAUUAGUUACAAUGAUGUACAACAACACAAUUCAGGUGAACUUCAACCAAGGAAUUCAAAGCCUUGGCAGGAACUCUUCGAUGGGUGGAACACUAGAGAACAGAAGAGGCUCCAGAAGUCAGCUCUCCUUCUCCAGGAAGUUCCCAUUCGUAAAAUCAACAGACAAACUGAACGAACUUACGGACAAUGAAUACGCUGAAGAACCAAUUUUCACUUAUGAAGUCGUAACACAGCAACAAAGUAAUUUUUAAGCCUAAACCAUCGUUUACUACUUGGUUUAUCUUACUAUAUUAUAAUCCAUUAUUUCAGUUAACUACGUGAGACCGCUGAUUAUAUUGGGCGCUCUAAAAGAUAAGAUCAACGAUGAGUUGGUCAGCAAAUUCCCCAGCCGAUUCGGAUGCUGUAUACCUCACACUUCAAGGCCCCCACGAGCUAACGAGAUCAAUGGACACGACUACUACUUUGUGUCCAAAGAAGAGAUGGAGAGAGACAUCAAGGAGAACUUGUUUAUAGAAGCCGGCCAGUUCCAAGGAAAUCUUUACGGAACUUCCAUCGACGCUGUAAGACAAGUAGCCAACGAAGGCAAGCACUGUAUUCUCGACGUCAGCGGCACCGCCAUCAGAAGACUUCGCACUACUGCCCAAAUCCAACCCAUAGCUUUGUUCGUAAAGCCUUACAAUCAACACCAGCUUCGGUAAGAUAAAAAAAUCUUUAGACUUUAAACCUGUUGCCUUAAACAUAAAAUAUAACAUGCUAUUUCAGUGAAUGGGAUCCAAACUUGACUGAACAAGACGCUUAUACUUACUUUGAACGAUGCCAGAGACAAGAACAAAAGUUCGGAGAUCUGUUUACAGGUAAAAUAACUAAAAAUUUAAAAUAUACCUUACGUGCAUCAUUACGGUAACCUAAUAAAUGGUCAUUUCAGCCGUCGUAACUGGCCACACGUUCGACGAUCUUCUGAACAAGAUCCUUCGUGUUGUCCAAGACCAAAGUCGACCAGAUGUGUGGGUACCUGACAGUCGACCCCUCUAA